AAUGUCAGUUUUGAGGCUUUCACGGAAUAAUAAGUCGUUUAUGUUGAAUCAAUAAUUCAUAUUGACUUAGAAGAAGUUGAGGAAAAAUAUUCUAAAACUAUAGAUAUAUUUGUAUUUCAAUUUUCCCACGGGGAAUUACAUUGUCACUUAAAACAAAAUUUACCUUCGUGGUAUUGUCGCUAUAGGGCCCACAACUUUUUAUAAAGUGAUUGUCGAGGUUAUUGAAACGGCGCCUUUUCUCGUCAGUUGAAUUCGUUCCGUGAUUCGAAUAAGACGUUAAAAUGGCAAGUGGACGAAUUGUUGUAUAUGGUGGUCGUGGGGCUUUAGGUUCGGCGUGUGUAAAUCAUUUUAAAAGCGCCAACUUUUGGGUAGCGAGCGUCGAUCUCCAACCUAAUGAUAAGGCAGAUUUAAAUAUUACUGUACCUGCUGACUUACCGUGGGCUCAACAAGAAGACCACGUUGUUAAAGAAUUGGAUACAGCACUGCAAGGUCAGAAAGUGAAUGCAGUUAUUUGUGUUGCCGGCGGCUGGGCCGGGGGCAACGCGGCCAAGGAUUUGGUGAAGCAGACGGAUCUUAUGAUGAGGCAGUCUGUUUGGAGUUCCGUUAUAUCUGCUUCAUUAGCAUCUAAGUAUCUGACACCAGGUGGAGUUCUGGCAUUAACAGGUGCAAAGGCUGCAUUAGAAGGAACUCCUGGUAUGAUUGGCUAUGGAGUUGCUAAGGCUGCUGUACAUCAACUAACAAAAUCUUUGGGUGCAAAGGAUUCUGGUCUGCCAGAAAAUUCUCUAGCUGUAGCUAUUCUACCUGUGUCAUUGGACACUGAAAUGAACAGGAAAUGGAUGCCAAAAGCAGAUUUUAGCUCGUGGACCCCACUAUCAUAUGUCGCUCAGCUCUUUGACAAUUGGAUUAAGGGAGAGGAUCGUCCUCCAAGCGGCAGUCUGGUUGCUCUUGUCACUAAAGAUAACAAAACUGAUUUGAUCGUAGAAUAAUUCUUGCCAAAAUAUAUAUUGAUGUGUUAGAUCUGACAAUAUUUAUAUCAAAAUUAUAUUUACCUAGUAAACAAGCUAUUGAUAUUCCAUGUUGAGAGCUUUCAAUGUUUUUACUUAAUAGAACUAAGAUAAGAAGUUAAGGACAUUGUCUGUAACACAUAGUUUAAGUUUAUCAUAAUAAAAUAUUCAUAUUUAUAUUGUAUGUUAAAAGAUAUUGAAACCAAUAAAUUAUAAGCAUUAAAA